UGUGUAUCUCAGUGGAAUAAAAACCUCUUUUUUCCACAGGGCAAGAAAUGUAUCGAGGAAGAAAAUGGGCCUUGGCCCAUUCUUCACCUUGUUCCGAAAAUCAUUGAGCCUGACAUUACAAAGGAUAAAACUGAGUCUACCUACAAAGCUGGGGAACUAACAAAAACAACUGGAAACCAUGGCAAGCAAAAGUGCACAGGAGCUAUCUUCAGUGGUGAAAAGAAUGACCUCAGGAAUAUCGUUGUCACAAAGCCAAUGGAAGAAAGACAAAAAUCCCUGGAUCUACCAGAUAAAGUUGACGAGAACACUUGGCAGAGAAAUUCAGAGGAUUCAGAGCAGGUAGAGCCCUGGGAAGACUGCAGUACCACAAAACAAUGGGUGACUAGCCCACUCCAUUCCCUUAAAACAUUUGAUUUUUUAUUAAAAUCAGAAGAACUGACUUUAUGUUUAAUGGGAGACAUCAACAAAGGAAAAGAUAUUGUUGACAGCUUCAAUACUAGUAUGAGAACUGUGCCAUCUGUUAGAAAAAUUGUUCAUAAAUGUCCGAACUUAAAAGGGCAAAGUGUGGAAAAUCUACAGAACCCGGAAAACAGAGCUGAAGCAAAAUCUGUAGGAAGACUGACAAAAACUCUAGAACAAAAAAGUAAUCAUUCUUUUCUAAAGCCCAAAAAACAAAAAUCUCAAGAUACAUUAGAUUUUGAAAAAAUUAAAGAAACAACUCCUCUAAAGCACAAGAGACCCUAUUCCCUGAACUUGGAUCAGGGAAUGUCACACAUAGAAAAGUUAGGUCAGCAUGCAUUUCCAGAUAUUUUUUUGAACAAAAGAGCGUCAAUAGCGAUAGUUGAGACCAAAUACAACCGUUCAUCUUUUGAGCUAGAAAUGUUUCUGACUGAUCGUCAAACUGCCAUGCGUCGCAACUCUGCUCCCAUCAGUGUGUCCUCUAUUAGAACAUCUUUCAUAGUUAAGACUUGCCAGGCUAAAUCAGUUCCAGUGAUAGCUCCAAAGAUGCAGUACUGCCAAAUACCUCAAGCCCUUCAGUUGAAAAAGCCAGAGUCAUCGCAGGAGAAUGAACAAGAAAACUUGUUUGCAGGCAGCAGAAUGGGAGUGCUACACUCUCGCCCAGCUUUAACCUCUAAUGAGAUGGAAUUUGAUAAACCAUUGUCCAAGAUACACAGGCAUGUAAAAACAUGCAAUUCCUUUGAGAUGUGUAAGGCCACAUUCCCAGCAGAUAAACCUGUGUUAAGAUGGAAACCUGAUUCCAAAGAGGAGGCCUCCAACAACUCUGCUAGAUUUGAAAAAUCCACAACACUACAGAGACAAUCCCUCAGGACUAGGCCAAAUAGACCACAAAGUCUCAUUCUGUUCAGCGCUCUCUUUCCCUUCACAGAUCACCCACCAUUAGGAGAUAGUGAUAAGCUUCCCCUGUCAUCAAUCAAAAAUAACUCUGAGACCACAGCAUCUCAAUGUUCCUUUAACAAAGAAGCAGAUGGCAACGUCAAAAACCCAGAUGUUGUGACACUGCACAGUAAACUGACGAUGCCUAAGAGUGGGCAGAGGUUAGAGACUUCAAUGAGUUGUUUUUAUCAGCCACACAGGAGGUCUAUGAUAUCUGAUAGCAAAAGUAACAGGCAGAUUGAUUGAUCUGCUGACGAUACGAAUAGCACUUUUGAGAAAUUUCCAAGGGACAAUAUCAUCCAUAUAAUCUUGUUUUGUUCGUCUCACUCUCAGUUAAGGUUUCGUCAAGACGGAACCUUGAAAUGAAAGCAGAUUUCAGAACAGUAUAAAAAGUAACUUAAACGUCAGAUUUUUUUAGUAAAAAAAAGUUAUAUCAUGGAAGUGACUGUAUGAUGCUAAUUAUAUAUGUCAUAAUUUACUUGUUAAUAUAUUCAAAUUUCUAUGCACAUACACACACAAACACAGAAACACACACACACACACACACAUACAUAUUCUUGUGAGAGGUCUCGAUUGUUUGAAAUUUAAAAUAAAGGCCUGUUAUGAAGCCAUUUUAGGAGAAAUGUAAUGUAAAUGGUGUUGCUUCCUGAUUACUGGUGUUAUUUGUUUAAGUUCUUCUAUGUGAGCUUGUUUGUUUUACAACAAAAUUGAUGCCCUUUAUUGUAUACAAAACAACAAAGACCUUUCAACCUAGAAUAUUUCAUGCUUAAGCAAAACAUUUUAACAAGGUUUGCUAUCACUGCUGACUAUCAACUACAAUGUUUAAUAGCAUGUUAUGAAUGUAGGUAAUUAACCAUUGUGCUUGAGAAUCAACAAUUGCUUAUUCUUCACUUGCUCUCUUGAUUUUAUCAUCUCCUACAAGUUAAUAAAUUACUUUGUAAUGAAAACAGUUCAGUGUUUCAAAGUGGAAUUUACCUUCAAGUAAUCUCCACGUGGAGCCCUUUGUUCUAAUGACAUGCAUCUGUAAUCUCAUAUUGAAUUUGAAUAAAUGUACAAAUCUCAAUUAAA